AACAGCAUAACAAAAAGCGGAAGUUCUGAGCUAGCUAGCUAACCUAGGUUUUAUGAAGCUGGAUAACGUUAGCUAGAUGGUCAGGAUUUUCACUUUCACAUUUGGAAAAAUAGACAUAGAUCCCGGCAAACUGACAUAAGGGACUAAAUUGUUCAUUUUGUCCCUGUGCCGUAUUAUCGCCGUUUGAUUAUUGAACAGCAUAAUUACGUUAGUCCCAGGGAAAGAUGGCCUCCCGUAAGAAGGUGCUGCUGAAGGUGAUCAUCCUCGGAGACUCUGGGGUAGGGAAGACGUCUCUGAUGAACCAGUAUGUAAAUAAGAGGUUCAGUAACCAAUACAAGGCCACUAUAGGAGCUGACUUCCUCACCAAGGAGGUGAUGGUGGAUGACAGGCUGGUUACCAUGCAGAUCUGGGACACGGCGGGGCAGGAGCGGUUCCAAUCUCUGGGUGUGGCGUUCUACCGUGGGGCUGACUGCUGCGUGCUGGUCUAUGAUGUCACAGCGCCCAACACCUUCAAGACGCUGGACAGCUGGAGGGACGAGUUCCUGAUCCAGGCCAGCCCCAGAGACCCAGAUAACUUCCCCUUUGUGGUGCUAGGCAACAAGAUUGACCUUGAGAACAGACAGGUGACGACAAAGCGUGCCCAGGCCUGGUGUGCCAGUAAGAACAACAUCCCCUACUUUGAGACCAGUGCCAAAGAGGCCAUCAACGUAGAGCAAGCAUUCCAGACCAUCGCCCGCAACGCCCUCAAACAGGAGUCUGAGGUGGAGACAUAUGACUUCCCAGACCAGAUCAAACUGAGAGACGACCAGCCCUCCUCCAGCGAUGGCUGCUCCUGCUGAGACCAACCAAUGACCGAUGGACGGACGUUGGAUGGAGGAGAGGACCGGGAGGACAUGGGUACAUCUCAGUAGUCCUCCUCCUUGUCUCCUUUUUGUCCUCUGCACUGGUGUGAAAGACUGGGACAGGUGAAGCCAAGGCCAUCUCCCCACAGCCUUCCCGUGUUCUCACAUCAGUGCAGAUGAAGGAGAGGAGGCCAGGGGAGGAUCCACUUUAGACUAUUGAGAUGCACCCGAUGGACAGAGGCGGGGGGACACCCCCCACCCCACCCCAUACAAAUUUUUCUUAAUUCUCCGUCUCCCAUGGCGACCUGACCAACAGGAAGGAGAGGAGAAAGCCCCACUUGCACAGCAUCACUUUUUAAUAAGACGGAAGAACCGUUGAUACUAUGGAAAAUACAAUCAUGAUGCUCCUAUUAUAAUACUUUCUAAUAAUAUUGUCAUGUCUUAGUUGUUGUUUUAAUUGUUUCAUCCUUUCUGUUAUACUGAGGUAUAGACUGUUCGUCUAUCUGUUUGUGAUCAAGGUAGAAGUUGUCAUUAACUACAGAUCUAGGAUCAGAUGACUCUUGCCCGAACCUAUCCUUAACCAUUAGAGGGAUUGGUUAGGAGCAACUCUUACCUACUCCACUCGCUCUGUGCCUUUCAUCUCAUGACAAGUAUUACUGCGGCAGAUCUGUCUUAUCGAUCUAUAUAUACAGUAUAUGUGUUAUUUUUCUGCCUUUCAGCAGUCCUUAUGUUGCCAAACAGUCAACCCCUAGACCCUUUCUUUGACAUUUAUAUUUGAAUCAGUUGUAUUUCAUAAGUUUGUCUGUUUUUAAACAGUUGUGUAGAGAGUGCUAAGCUAACUAGAUGCAGUGGAGGGAAAUAUGUUUAAUCAGAAAAUGACGGUGUGCACUGACAUUCUCUCAACCCAACAGCAACAUCAGUUCUGAGUACGUUCUGUUCUUUUAUACUGUAUUUAGUUCUGUAAAUUUUUUGUUUUGUUAACCAUACUACACAACUAUAUCCCUGUAUAGGUCGAGGCUGGUCAUACCUUUAUGGAAUGAGGUCAUGAGAUGAGCAAUCGCCAUAGGCCUGUCUCAAGUUAAACCCUAGCUCGCUCCCACAAGGCCCCUAAUACAUCAAAAAUCAUCUGAUUUGUGUAAGCAGUGUGGUUCUAGUGAAACAGUAGUUUCUGUCAUAUUGCUUAUACCACUUCUCAGGUCUACCAGGAGGCUAUCUAGAAGUGUCUAGGGUUUGGAACCCAUAUCUUCUGCCCUAACAGUAGUGUGCUGCGCCUCUCUUUGGGCCAAUUGAUCACCUCUCUUCCAUUCCACUGUCUUAAAUCUGCCUUCCUAUUCUACACCAUCAACUAGCGUCGCUGUAUAUUCUAGUAACAUAAAUAAUUUGUCUCGUUCAUGCCAACAACCAAUGAGCAAAAAUCCUUAGUGAUCUGUCUACGUGAAGAUUUUAGGACAACUCCUACUUCAACUGUCAUCUUUCGUUGCUUAUCUCUUCUCCACUGUAAAACAUAAAUGUUUACUUUAUGGAAA